GUAAAGCAUUCCAUUGUCAGCACACACACACACACACACACACACACACACACACACACACACACACACACACUCUGCUUACCUCAUCAGCACCAGAUUGGGCCACCUAGCUGCUGCAAUUCUCUCUGUCUCUCUCUCUCUCUCCCUAUGCAUCUCUCCUUCCCCUUACCUAAACCUACGGCUGCAUUGGGAGCCUGCAGAGCGGUGAGCAGUACGGGGGCCGGCACUUGCAGGCAGCAUGUUUAGUGCCACAUUACAACAUCCAUAACAGCCAGAGAAAAGAGGUUGAGACCAGUACCUUCCAACAGCAACCAAUAAAGCACAAAGGGAAAAACAGCUGGAGGAGAGGACAGGAGAAAAGGAGAGAUGACAGACCAACACUAGAGAGGAUGAGAGCCCCGGCCAUGCCUGUCUGCUCUGCCUCUCUGCUCUGCCUGUUCCUCCUGCUGCUGUGUGGGCUGCUAGGAGGUUGGGUGCUGUCUAUCUGCCCCACUGUGUGCUCCUGCAGCAGGGGACAUCGUGUGGUGGACUGCUCCUCACGUGGUCUAACCAAGCUACCGCCUGGUCUGCAGCACAACAUCCACUUUCUCAACCUCUCUUUCAAUAGCUUGCAGGGUCUGGAAAGCCAGCUCACCCAUUAUGCCCACCUGCGAACCCUGGACCUGUCCUACAACCGCCUGGAGACCCUGCCCCCCGCCCUGCCGCGGUCUCUGUGGGACAUCCGAGCGGCGGGCAACCAUCUACGCUUGCUGGACAAAAGUGACACAGCUUACCACUGGAACCUGAAAGUACUGGACCUGUCGGACAAUGAGCUGGAGAGAGUGGUCUUCAUCAACAACACGCUGGCAAGUCUCCAAGCUCUCAACCUCAGUCACAACAGGUUUUGGACAGUGCCCACGAAUUUGCCGCACAACUUGGAGAGCAUUGAUUUGUCACAUAACUAUCUCAUGCAGAUCCUGCCUGGCUCUUUGGAUCGACUGCCAAAGCUGGCUAAGUUCUUUUUGCAUGCUAAUCGCUUCUCCUUGUUGUCUAAAGGGAUAUUUGAUAAGCUGGUGGGGCUGGAGGUGCUGACUCUUGGGGAUAACCCCUGGGCUUGUGAAGAAGAAGAAAACAUAACAAAGCUCCUGACAUGGGCUAAGCAGACCCGUGCCACCAUCUUAGGUUGCCCCUGUUAUACAAGACCUAUUUGUGGGCAAACCCAUCAGGCAACACCAGGGAGGGAGUGGCACUCUGCGCUGUUCACAGAGAUACCACUUUGGGUUAACAGCAGAGUUGAAGGGCAUGAUGGUCAAUCACCUGCAAGGAUUGCAGAGGUCACAUCUAGUUACCAGGCAAAAUCGGCUCUUUUUGAGACAGGAAUAUAUCAGGACAAAAGAGGAGUGAAUGAAUCUGGGAACCACAGGGUGUUUGUCUGGACAUCUCCCACAAACUUUGACAGUUUUUCCACACACACAAAAACAACAGCAAGCCCACUGUCUUCAACAAAGAAGCCCAAAGCUGCUAACUCAAGGAAUAAAUGUCACAGACUCCUAAUCGACAUUCAACAAACUGUCACCCUGACUAUUUUAGCUAUGAUGACUGCAUUUAACACCUUCUGAACCACCUUGAAUAGAUAAAGAAUACACUACAGUAUUUACUGGAGUAUUUCGGACAAUGAAUGUAUAACUAAGUAAGUCAACUUAGCAGCUCCUUCAUUUCUCUUGCAAAAAAACAUUUUGACUGUUGCUGACUUUUGUCACUAUCAAGUGUGUCAUGUUUUCAACUAACACCACAAGUACAACAUGACAAUGUAUUUCAAAGUCCUACACACAAAGAUGAACUGUAUACACCUACAUGACAAAACUACUCAAAAUAUCUGAAUACAUGGUUCAACUGGAGUGCUAAUAUCAAUGCUCCUAUGUCAGUAAUGCUUGCAUACUGAUGGACUGCUGUACUCUAUGCUUUCUUCAUAGCAGUGAUGGCUGUGCUACAUUUGGUCCUGCUGAUUAGUGAGUAGUCAGCCUAAGAAAGUCUACACAAACAAACAAUAGGAAUUCAUGGACUGAUUAUAGGUGUUCCUGUCUGUAGUGGAAACUUGACAAAAAUAGCAAAUUAAAGCUGCAAGCAGCAAUGAACGGCCUGCGCUGCUUGUGGCACGUCGGGGGUGCUGGCGGGACAUCAGUUGAUGCAGUUGUGGAUUUCCUUACCAUCUGACACUGCACGCAAAUGUUAGACAUUAUUUCCUGGGUGGAGUUUGUGGCACUGGAAUGAUUCCAAAUUUUGUAACACUUCCUCAGCCCACUAUAUGGCGCUAGAGAACACACACUAAUUAUAUGUCAUGUUGCUGUAUACCAUGUGUAGCCCACAAUGUAAAUUUCAUGUAAAUCAGAUUAUCUUUGUGACAUAAGGCUUCCAGUUGUCAGUAGAUGGGGCUAUGACUGGGACUCAAUAUGUAUGCAUGGAGAUGUCUUCAGGCCUGGACUCUUAUCUAGCAUGUGAAAUUUUGGACCCCAAAUCCUCCUUUAACUUUAAUGUAGAUGUAUGAAAUUUGGUAGGCAUACAGUAUGCAUCAUAUCCAGACUUACAAAAAAGCAUUUUGGAGACAUCCACUAAACCCAACAGAAAGUACAUUUUUGAAUUUUCUGUGCCAAUUAUGGACGAUUUUGACCAUUUUCAGGGGCUGUGCUUUAACGUACUCCUCCUACAGAUUUAACCCGAUUGAUUUCAAAUUGUUCAGUACAAUCUAAAGACAAAGCUAAAUUGAGAAGCUUUUCGUUUUCUGUCAUAAGGUGUGGGUGUGGCAAGGCAGCAAAUUUCCAUGUUGCCCCACCAGGAAGUGGUUUGUAACUAGACUGUACAUUGUCCAAUCUGGCCCGAACUCCUCAUGCAUGAUAAGAGUCCUUGCCUGAGGACAUCUACAUACUAAUAUUGAGUUAUAGUCAUAGCGCCUUCUAUUGGCAACAUGAAGUUAGUCGUUAUACUUUGAUGUCCUCUUCCUAGCGGGUUGACCAGGUCCACCUCAAAAGUGUUCAGGAAAGCCUUAAGACCUUUAUGUUGCUUGCUGAUGCUUUAUUUUGAAGAUUGUGAUUGGCCUGGUGAGUUGUAAUGUUAUGUCAUAAGACAGGAAGUUCUUUUCAUAGUAAAAGUUUAUAUUUGUAGCAAGAAAUUGGUAGGCAUAUGUAACAUGUUGAGACGUAAAACAAAGCCUCUUGGGGGUGUACCCUAAACUCAACAGGAAGUCAGCCAUUUUAAAUUAACUGUGCAAUUUUAGUGCAUUUUUUUUGUCAUUUACAGGCGUCAUACUUUAACAAACAUAUCCUAUCCUGUAUAUCCUCAUAUCCUGUUUUCCUACAUUUAUCUUUUUAAAGAUCCAUAACCAGGGACAUUUGUACUCAGCUUGGAGGAAAAACAUUGUAGAAGCUAAGAAUGUCUAAUGGCAAAGUCAAGGACGUGUGGGGAUAUUAAGAAGCAUUUGCACUCGGGCGGAAUUGAAGCUAUACAAGGCCAAGAUGGCGGUGCUGCACCUGGAGCUGCACCUGGAGCCAACAGGUAACAGUCUCAAACAUUUUUGCAGCGCCGGCGAAGAUCUCAGCCAACUUAAGAGGGUCUGAAGGAAACUUGCCGCUCUAUUGUUUCAAGGGAAACAAAACUUUCCACCUUAAUCACCAGAAUAGAUGAGGUCGAGAAGGGGGUGGAGAACCCAAGAAAGAAGGGCAAGCUUAUCCACCAGCUAGCAAGAAAAAGGUGGAUCUGGAGAACUGGUUGCAAUGCAAUAAUGUUCAUUAGAAACAAGAUUUCUAAAGAAUUUUACACUGAUCUCUAUAGAUCAUUAUCUACCUCUACCAAUUAGGAAAUUUGUUCCUUAUUAGAGCCAGGAGGGCUUCCAAAACUGACAGAAGAGCAAAGAGAACUCCUUGAUGUGGAUUUAACUAUAGAGGAAAUAAAAGAGGUAAUGGGGGCCCUGCUUGUUUCUCUUGAUGCCGAAAAGGCGUUUGAUAUGGCUGAAAGUGUCACACUUUGAUCUCAAGUUUGUUUUCCUUUUGUUCUCUGUAUGGAAAAAUAAACAAUACUGUUUUUUUUUCAAAUUAUAUUAUAUAUUCAGACACAGAGUUUGGCAAAAUCCACGGAUCUGCUAAAUCUCAAGUCUGUCAUCUCUCCGUUCUCUUUCUUAUUAUCAAAGACCAGUGUACAAAAUACUCAUGUAGCAGACUAUCGUUUUUAGCCGGGGCUGACAAUCACUACUGGCACUAAUUAAUGUUAAUUAUGUGAGCAACCUAAGAACAGUCCUAAAUGAAACUUUGUUGUUUGUCUGUUGUUGGUUUGUAUGACAGUAAGAUCAGUAAGUAAGAUCAUUUCGGAGGGAAGAAGCUUCACUGUACAAUCAGAGUGGACCAAUCUGUAGUUCCAAC